CUCUCUCUCUCUCUCUCUCUCUUGCUUUCUUUUUGUUUGUUGCUUGAAAGUUUACAAAAAAAAAUGGCUCUUGACAAAUUAAAAGGGGUUUCUCUGGUUUCUGUGUGAGACCUAAGUUGAUGCUUGCUUCUGCUUCUGCUUCUGUUCUUGUAUCUCCGGUUUAUAUGGUCGCGAUCUUUGUACUCUAAGAUGGGCUCAUUUUAUGUCUUGUUUAUUUAUUAAUAAAGAAACUGUCUUCCAUGUCUGUAUUUUCACCUCAUUUUCUUGUAUUUUCCAUUUUAUUUGGUUGGUGUUUAAUUGCUCUUUAUAGUAACAUGGUGAUGCUCUUUUCUAGAAUUUGAUUCUUUUCUUAAAUUAAAAAAAAACAUUUCUGCCUCUUCUAUCUUUCUUUACUUCGGCUAACAAAGCAGAUUUUUUUUUUCUUGGGGGUUGUGUUUUACAAUGGAAAAGUCUUUGGUGAUAUAAGUUAUAGGAAUUCUGUCCUUAUUUCUCAUAUUCUUAUGAGGUUGAAUUCAGCAGAAAAAUUGGUGAGAAUUUUUUAUUAAAUCGUUGAACCUCCAGGAAUUAGUUUGAACUCUUGAGAUAAAGACGGUCAAAGCAAUCAGUCAGGUCAUUUCAGAGGGAAUUUAAUGGCUAUGAAAACUUUUUAUCUCAAAGAACAUGAAGGAAGUGUCCAUAAUCCAAAUGGGCAGUUGUCAACAGUGCCAUGGUGGACUGCAUUUGGGUCUCAGGCUGUUAAUGGUGAAUCGUGUGGCCUAUUGAAGGCUUUACCCAUAGAACAGCCUGCCGGUGGAGGUGAAACUGCUACUAAGCUCGCCAGGAUGGGUACUGAGCAAGGGUUGGAUAAAGGGAAUAUCACUCAAUUCACUAUAUUUCCCGGUGACUGCAAACCUUCAGGUGGUGGACAGAAAUCUGUUCAGGGAGCCAUUUCACUGCAAACAGCUCUGCCGGAAUAUUAUGCUCAUUUUGACCUGGGAUUUGGUCAGCCUGUGAUCUGCGCAAAGUAUCCUGUCGUGGACCAAUGUUAUGGAUUAUUCUCAACUUUUGGACCUCAAAUUUCGGGCCGGAUUAUGCUCCCAAUGAGCACGACCACAGAUGAUGUACCCAUAUAUGUAAAUGCGAAGCAAUACCAUGGAAUCAUAAGACGUAGGAAGUCCCGUGCAAAAGCUGCACUGGAGAAUAAAUUGCCCAGAAAUCGUAAGCCUUAUAUGCACCGUUCACGCCAUCUCCACGCAAUGCGCCGACCAAGGGGAUGCGGUGGCCGUUUCUUGAAUACGAAAGAGUUGAAUGAUGGAAAAGGCAUAACAGAGGCUAAGAAAGCUGGUGAUUUUCAACUUUCGCAGCCAACUGGUUCUCAGAGUUCUGAAGUCCUGGAAUCAGGUGGUGCAACUUUGAACUCAAUGGAAGCAAAUUGUGGUGGAUCAAAUCUCUCUGGGUCAGAAGUGACUAGUUUGUACAACAGGGUAGAUUUCGAUCGCUUCCCUUUCAAUCAUCAUGGGCCAACUGUCCAUGGUUUCUCAGGGAUGGACGGAGGGCAUGGCAUUGGCAUUGGCAUGCCCAGUAAGUGGAUUGCAGCAGCUGACAACUGCAGCAACCUCAAAUAGCAAGGGAACGGAUUGGGUUGGUGCUUGCAUCAUGCACAAGACCAAACCCCACCUUUGCUGGAACCUGACAACCAAAUCGUGGCUUGAAGAUGGACUUCACCAUUUGGUUGUAAGGGCAAGUCGUUCUUGGCUCCUGUGCAUUGAUGGUAUCUUUGCCAUUCCAUACAACCUUGCUGUCAUGGAUUGGUCAGAGGUGCUGAAACCAUAAUGCACUGUAACAAAACUUUGGGAUUGGACAACAUAAUAAAGGGGUGUGUUUCUAUCAAUGAAACAAAGACACCCAGAUGUGUGUGCUUGAUUUGUUAUCCUAAACUGUGUUGAAGCAUGUUUGAUGCUCUUGAAGUUUGAUUUCUACUCUAUGGUUGUAAUAAAUUGCUGUAUGUUUGUGUUAUCAUCACUAUUUGUAAGAUUUAAAAUAUUGUCCCUUCUUCUGCGUGCAAUUUGAAGGAACAAUCCUGUGAAAAGCAUUUGGGUCUUCGUUUCAA